AUGUUGUCAAAGCUCGGGUCUCCCUACCCACUGUGGCAGUUGAUCUGCUUUUUCAGCUUGCUGAGCAGGUGCCGAGCACGGCCCCUGUCCUUCGCCACCGCCGUCACUUCCAAAGGCCGAGUUCUGGGCCAUCAAGGUCCGAAAUUCCAGAAUACGCUUCAGCUUUUAAUACUUAUUUACUGAAGACCUUUUCUGGUUAACCACAUUACAGGGCGGCUUGCUAAUCGCUGGACGAUUCCUUUCGCCAAGGCUCCCGUUGAUUCGCUGCGUUUCAGCGACCCAGUCAGCCGGGUGACUUUGGCCAAGUGGGUGACCUCUUUCAUCCAAUCAAACAUUUACGGUCCUAUAGAGCUGACCUCAGGCUUCUGCCUUUAUUCUAGCCAUGAUGCUACCUCGAUACCACCGGCGUGUCCGCAGCCGAGGGCGACGACGGCGACAUCGGAAGACUGUCUGUUUCUUACGUGCAUCUUUAACUCCCCUUACCGCAUAGCUUUCGAGAUAUUGCUAUGCCAAUGACUGACACAAAGGCUUGUCUUGCUGCCACGCAUCUAGUGUAUACUCACCAAAGGGUGCCACCUCAUCCUCCAAGCUGCCUGUGAUGUUUUGGGUGAGUCCAUCCCAAUCGUCUCGCGAUACUCCGCUCCAGUUCGACUGACUUUCAUCCUGUUGGUCGCCUCAAGAUUCACGGUGGCGCAUUUUAUGUUAGCCUCCUCACUUAAAACCUUGCCUCAGUUUAGCGGUGUACCAACCUCCUGCGACAAUGUUCAGGCUGACUUUCUCAAAUUGCAUUCUCUGACCACAGACGGGGUCGUCUACAGCCUUUGGCCUGGACGGCUCGGACAUCGCAAGCAAUCAAAACAUGGUCGUAGUUGUUCCCCAAUACCGUCUCGGUAUUCUCGGGUGGAUGGGCAACUCGAAUUUGAGCGUCGCCGGCAACUACGGUCUCAAAGACGUCAUACUCGCCUUGCGCUUCGUUCGAGCCGAGAUCACGGCUUUUGGUGGCGAUUCGUCGCGCAUCACCCUCGCGGGAGAGUCUUCAGGUGCCGAGAUCGUCAAGUCACUGCUCGUUACGCCUUCCGUCUUUUCCAUGUACGCACGAGCGAUUCUGCAUUCAGCACCGCUCGACUUUUCCGAUUUUUCGCCAGCUCUCGCCGACACGAUCGGAGCUAUGACGGUGUCUCGACUCAACUGUUCCUCAAUGACAUGCUUGCGUAAUGCUACCAUCGAACACAUAUUGAGCGUACAGGCCGAUAUGAACAACGAGGGCCAAAAAGGUGCUCUUGACGGCGUGCGCGAAGUCGAACCCGUCUAUCGAACUAUCGUAGAUGGGACACUUGUCCAAAACGAGUUUGGAGACACCGCCGCUCAAGGGAUCGGCACCAUUCGGAGCAGGGUGGCGAAGAAGAUCAUCUUGCUCACUACGAUGAAAGACGAAGGCGCUUUCACGGUAGCAGAGAUGUGAGUAGUAGGAGCUGUGGCGGAUGGGAGCAUUCUCUGGAAUCGCGGACGGUCUCUGAAGCUCCAUCAGGUCAUCGCUUGCCAGAUUCCCAUCCACAGCUAGCCCGGCCUACUUCCCAAUGGUUAUUGAGCGUUUCUUUCCCGAGAGAGCCGCAGCCAUUCUUGGUUCAGGACUGUACGAUCCCUCGCUGUUGCCGAAUGACGACGACGCUUUGCGAGAUCAGUUCUCUCGCGUUGGCACGGAUUUUGUCUUCACCUGCGCCACGCAACAAGUUGCCUUGAAUCUCACCAGAGCCGGGUAAGUUUCCUAACUGGUCGUCGGCUUGGAGACAACAGAACUAUAGGCUCCAGGGACCUGAACCCCACAUUCUUCACCAUUCUUCACUCUUCUCAGGUAUCAGAUCUACCUCGGACAAUUCGACUUGGGCGUUUCGUACUACAACGACACCGCACCGUACCUGAUCGGCAAAGCAACUCACCAAGAUGAUAUCGGCCUAGUAUUCCAUCCGAACUCGAUAAUUCUGACGCGCGCUCAACGAGCCUUGACGAGUGAAGUUCAAACGCGCUGGGGCGCGUUCGUCAGGGGCGCCUCGCCUAAUGCAAACGGUUACAAGACAUGGAGCCCGAUCGCAAAUGAGGCUAACCUCAACCUCUUAGAGCUUGGUUCCAACGCGCACUAUGGACUCUCGAACAUCUCCAAGACGCAACGACCUGCGGUGUGUUCGUUAUCAAGUGGAAUCUGGAGCCGGGUGUAG